GUAAUAAUAUGGAUGUGAGCUCUCUUUUUGCCCUGAAGAACGCGAAAGGGAAGAAGAAGGGUCUGGUGGGCGCUUCCGCCAGGGAGGAGUCCUCCCAAGCUGCUGCUGCCGGUGCUGGCGCCGAGGGGUCCAAAGGUGCAGGGGGCACGAAGAAAAAGAACUACGGUAAGGGGACCGAGCCCCCGGCCAAGAAGUUGAAAGCCACGGCCUCCGGCAAGCAGCCGGCCACUGAUGUCGUGGUCAUUGUGGAUGAGGGGCACGCCUCCGGUCCCAUCCCACAAGAGCAUAUAGACCAAGACUUCUUCGGUCGGGAGAAGUUGGAGGCGAUUGUGCCGAAGGGAGCCUCCGUAUUGGAGGGCAGCCUCAACCCCUCGGCACUGAUGAGCCAGAUGCUGCCCUCGGCUGACCGGCUAGCCCUCACCAGGAUGGCUGAAAAUUCCCUCGAAGCCAAGAUUCUUCUGAGCAGUGCCUCCAACUUCAUGGGCCUCUGUGAGUACCUCCGGAGGGUGGAGCAGAUAAAGGGGGCCAAGAGUGCUGCUGAUGGGGAAGUUGCCAGCCUUAAAAAGAGGCUGGCUGAGGCCGAGGAUUCCCUCCGCAUGGCUACUGACAGCAUGGAGCAGCGAGUGCAAGCUGCGAAGGCCGAGGGGAAGAGCGAGGGCCUGGCUGAGGCUGGGGAGGCUGCUAACGAAGCCGCUCGUGUUGCUGUCGAGGAGGCCCAUGCGGCUAAAGAAGAGGCCGUCGCCAAGGCCCGGGAGGAUGCUGUGGCCGCCUUCAUUGCCGAGGGGUGGAAAGCAGAGGAGCAGAAGGAGUGGCUGUCCUCGGUGGUGGAGGCUUCUGUGGACGCUUGGGUUGGAGGCCCCGACAAAAUGUGGCUUGCUGAGAAGUGUGACUCCUAUUAUCAAGGUGGAGAGUUUUUUACCCACCGCCUCAUCUACCGAAAGCUCGCCAGGCACUUCAAACUUUCGCCGGAGGAGUUCCAGCCUGAAGCUUAUGGUCUUCCCCCCGGCAACCAGACGUUAGGGUCCCCCUCCCCGAAGGCGAAGAGAGGCCGGUCCUUGAAGAUUCAAAGACCCUCAGGGAAUGUGGC